AUGGAGUUUUGCAAUGGAGGCGAUUUAGCUGAUUACCUCAGUCAGAAGACUACCCUUCAAGAAGACACUAUUCAUCACUUUGUCGUUCAAAUAGCCCGAGCAUUGGAAGCUAUCAACAAGGAAGGCAUUGUCCAUCGUGAUCUCAAGCCCCAGAACAUCUUACUAUGCAACCCUACACGACAGUCAAAUCCUCCGGCUAGUGAGCUCAUCAUCAAAUUGGCGGAUUUUGGAUUUGCCCGGUUUCUUUCUGAAGGAGUUAUGGCGGCGACGUUAUGUGGAUCUCCUAUGUAUAUGGCUCCUGAGGUCAUUAUGUCGCUACAGUAUGAUGCCAAAGCCGACCUUUGGUCCAUUGGUACCAUACUCUUCCAAUGUUUGACGGGAAAAGCGCCAUUUCAGGCCCAAAAUCCUCCGCAGUUGAAGGCUUACUAUGAGAAAAAUCGGGAGCUGAAGCCGAAUAUUCCUGACUAUUGCUCACCAGCGUUGAGAGAUCUCCUACUACGGCUAUUGAAAAGGAAUGCCAAGGAUCGUAUAACGUUUGAGGACUUUUUCAACCACCCAUUCCUCCACCAACCUCCAGUCACAAGUCCUUCCAAGAGGAUACUUGAUGCUGCUUCGCCAAUGGUUGUUCGUCGUAUGAUACAAUCACCAUCCUCUUCUGCAUCGCCGUUACCUUCUCGUGGAUCAGCGUCACGCCUGGAAAGCCCGCAGCCAACGCGACGAACGGUCAAGGUGCCUGAAUCACCAGCAGUACGCCGCAUCACUCACACAAUGAACGACAGCAACGAUUUCACUUUUCUACCGCCUCUUCCAGGUCAUCAACAACAGUCAUCAGGUGCUCGGCAUGAUCACAGCCCAGUGAAACAGGUGCAAGUACAUACGUCCUCAUCUCAAAUGCCGACGGCUCCAGUCAAAGCGGUACCAGUUCCAAGUCAACGAAAUGCGUUCACGAAAAUUGAGGAACGGCGACUCGGGAUCAAAGAUGGUGAAAAUGAGCCGUGCUCAGCGAUACCUUCGCCCUCGGUUCGAGGACUAUCUUCGCUCAAACGAACGACGUCAGGCCAGACUAGCGAAUCGCCGCCGUCAAUUCCUACCGUAGAAAGCAUGACAUUACCGUCAACUCAAUUCAUCGUAAGAGGAGCGGCAGCACGUAGAUCGAUGGCUGAGCGCAACCGUCAACGGAAGCUUACUGAAGAAUCGUCUCCUGCUACUACGUCAGAAAAAGCUUCCGAAAGUGCGCAACCAGAAGCCAAGGCACAAGCGGAGGCUCUAGAAGUAAGUCGUCCGGAUGUGUUGGAAACGAACACCACACCACUCGACAACGCUAAGUUUUUAUCCGCAUCACCUCCUGAAACUCGUGCCGAUCAGACGAUGCCUCCUCAGCUGGAUAUAAGUGAUGAUGAAGACGACACAAUGCAUCAUUCUCGUAAAUCGCCGUUUGCGGGCGCAGAUCGUGGAGAGUCCCUCAAAUCGGAAGCGAUGGAGAGUUGCAUUUCUGGUGAAGAGGGAAGUGAGCUGUCAAUGGAUGUAGCAGAUCCAUCCGAUUCCCUGUCGUCACCUCAUCCACCAUCUGCUUCCAACGCGCCACCGGCACUUGGCAGCCUACCGAGGGCACCAUCAUUAUUUGAACAUCGUGCGGAAGAAGAUGAUGGAGAUGAGCAGCCGCAAGGAGCUGUUGAGCACGAAACAGUCGUGGAAGAAGAGCACAAGCAGAUCCUGGCUAAGCUACGGUUCGUUGUGGAAUUGGUGGAUACAUUAGUGCAAGUUGCGGAGCAGAAGGAGAAUCCGUUGGUGGCAGCAAUGAGUGCCAGAAAAACCGAACCGUCGUCUGCGUUCAGACGUGCGGAGCAGUUGGUUGUUUAUGUGCGAGCCUUGCACAUGUUGUCGUCUGCGUUGUUGCUUGCACAACGCAAUGUUGCCAGUCGAGUGUUGCAUCCAUCGCCGGCUGUUCAGAACGUUCUGAACAUACUCAACGACAAGUAUCACCAGUGUUUGGUGAGGUCGCAAGAGUUGGCAUCACUUGGUCUGCCCGGACAGGAUCCGGCAAUGGCUGUUAUUUCUGCUGAGCGUAUCAUGUACAAACACGCUAUUGAGCUUUGUCAGACGGCUGCUUUGGAUGAAUUGUUUGGGAAUCCGCAGUUAUGUAGUCAGAGGUUGGUUAUCCUGGCUAAGCUACGGUUCGUUGUGGAAUUGGUGGAUACAUUAGUGCAAGUUGCGGAGCAGAAGGAGAAUCCGUUGGUGGCAGCAAUGAGUGCCAGAAAAACCGAACCGUCGUCUGCGUUCAGACGUGCGGAGCAGUUGGUCGUUUAUGUGCGAGCCUUGCACAUGUUGUCGUCUGCGUUGUUGCUUGCACAACGCAAUGUUGCCAGUCGAGUGUUGCAUCCAUCGCCGGCUGUUCAGAACGUUCUGAACAUACUCAACGACAAGUAUCACCAGUGUUUGGUGAGGUCGCAAGAGUUGGCAUCACUUGGUCUGCCCGGACAGGAUCCGGCAAUGGCUGUUAUUUCUGCUGAGCGUAUCAUGUACAAACACGCUAUUGAGCUUUGUCAGACGGCUGCUUUGGAUGAAUUGUUUGGAAACCCGCAGUUAUGUAGUCAGAGGUAUCAAACAGCAUACAUGAUGCUGCAUACGUUGUCGGAACAAGUCCAUAGCGAUCAGGACCGUAAUGUGCUGUCUCGUUACAAAAACGCUGUCGAGAAAAGACUGCGCAUUCUGGAACGACAAGGUUUUGUGACGGCUGUGAAUACUUGCUGA